AGAGAUUUUACGUCAGCUCGACCAGAAUGAGAAUUUUCAACCUUACCUUCUUGUUACUUACCAUCUUAGUGAUUUUCUCUGCUGUGAACGUUGCUGAAGGCGGAUUUGGAAAGAAACUCAAGAAAUUUGCAAAAAAAAUUUUCAAGUACAUUCCUGGUCACAAGAUUACAUAUACGAAACAAUUUUGAAAAUUUAUGAUAUUGAUAGUUUCUCUGUGUGCACAUCAGCUUCCAAACAAUGUCAUUUUCACAACUUUGACUAUUUUCAACUGAGUAUAAAUACUUCUGACUACAUUGCCAUUCUCUCAUGGUACUAUUGCUUCAAAGACAAAACUGAGCACAACAUACCCA